AUGCUAUUCCGGGGUUUGACCUCAAUAAUCUUGGCUAACAAAACAGGAUUUGUGUCUCUCACUAAACAUGCUAAGCAGUUUCAUCUCGGUACUUCAUCAAAUGCUGAGGAAAAGAAAACUGUUACCCUCCUACCUGGUGAUGGGGUGUGGCCAGAACUCUUCGUUUGUGUAAAGUCAGUUUUCAAAGAAUUCAAUGUACCUGUUCAGUUUGAGGAGGUGAAAUUUGGAUUUAACGAUAAUUUAGAUCCAAAUGGUGGUCUCUAUAAUGCUGUCAACUCUGUUACUAAAAACAAGGUUGGUUUAAAAGGAAUUGUCCGUACACCUAUCGAAACCCAGGGAUCUAGUGCACUUAAUCUAAGAAUGAGACGAGCUUUGGAUCUGUUUGCCAACGUUGUUCAUAUUCGUACGUUGAAAGGGAUCCCAAGCUUUCAUCAAAAUCUUGAUUUAGUCAUCAUACGUGAACAGUUAGAAGGAGAGUAUUCAUCACUGGAACAUGAAUCUGUUAAGGGAGUAAUUGAGUCCUUAAAAAUUAUAACGCGAAGUAACUCUGAACGGAUUGCAAAAUUUGCAUUUGAUUAUGCUGUCCGCAAUAAGCGUAGGAAAGUUACUGUUGUUCAUAAAGCCAACAUUAUGAAAUUAAGUGAUGGUUUAUUUCUCGAAACUUGUCAAAAUAUGGCCAAACUUUAUCCACAUAUUCAGUUUAAUUCAAUGAUUAUAGAUAAUUGUUGUAUGCAACUGGUUAGUAAUCCUGAACAAUUUGAUGUGAUGGUUAUGCCAAACCUAUAUGGUAACAUUGUUGAUAAUCUUGCUGCUGGUUUGGUAGGUGGUGCCGGGGUUGUACCGGGUGUAUCAUAUAGUCAUGAAUUUGCUGUUUUUGAACCGGGCACUAGACAUUCGUUCAAUUUGGCAUCAGGCAAAAAUAUGGCUAAUCCAACAGCGAUUCUAUUAGCCAGCUCAAAUUUAUUACGUCAUAUCAAUUUAGAAAGUUAUGCCAAUAAAAUUGAAACAGCUUUACUUAAAAUUAUUAAAUCUAAAAAAGCAUUAACUUCUGAUAUCGGUGGUUGUUCAUCUACAACUCAAUUUACAGAAGCUAUUAUAGAACAAGCUCAUAUUUCUUAA